AUGCCCAUUGUCUCCGUCCUCUUGCUUUUCCUAACCCAGGCCACCUCAGACCCGUGCUAUGACCCAGGAGGACGCCCUCGCUUCUGCCUCCCACCAGUGACCCAGCUGGUUGGCAGAGUAGCAGCCCCCUGCCCUCAGACCUGUGCUCUUCCUGAAGCCAGCCCUGGCCCUAUCUGCAAUGGCAGUCUGACACUGGACCUGGAUGGCCCCUUCCUCGUGACAUCAGUCACCCUGCGAUUCUGCCCCCCAGGGCCUCCAGCCUUGGUUCUUUCUGCUGCCUGGGCCAUUGGAGGCCCCUGGAGGCCACUGUGGCGCAGGCCUGCCUGGCCUGGGGCUCUGGGGGGUCCUGAGAGGGUAACCUUUCGCUCCCCACCAGGCCCCAAGGCCAAGAUAGCGGCCAGCCACCUCCGAGUGGAGUUCGGGGGCCAGGCAGGGCUGGUGACCACUGGGGUAAGAGGCCGAUGUCAGUGCCACGGCCAUGCAGCCCGAUGCGCCGCCCGGGCCCGGCCACCACGCUGCCGCUGCCGCCACCAUACUACUGGUCCAGGGUGUGAGAGCUGCCGCCCGUCCCAUCGAGACUGGCCUUGGCGGCCUGCUACACCCCAGCGCCCUCACGCAUGCUUGCCCUGCUCCUGCAACCAGCAUGCCCGACGCUGCCGAUUCAACUCCGAGCUAUUCAGGUUGUCAGGUGGCCGUAGUGGGGGUGUGUGUGAGCGGUGCCGCCACCACACAGCUGGGCGGUACUGUCAGUACUGCCAGCCAGGGUUCUGGAGGGACCCAAGCCAGCCCAUCACUAGCCACAAGGCCUGCAGGGCUUGCCAGUGCCACCCGAUUGGAGCAACAGGAGGGUUGUGCAACCAGACCAGCGGCCAGUGCUCUUGCAAAUUAGGGGUCACAGGCCUCACAUGCAGUCACUGUGGUCCUGGGUACCAGCAGAGCCGUUCGCCUAGGAUGCCCUGCCAACGAAUUCCAGAGGCAACAACCACGCUGGCUACUACCCCUAUUUCGUCUCGAUCUGACCCACAGUGUCAAAACUAUUGCAAUGUUUCGGACACCAGCGUUCACAUGACCCUUCAGAGGUACUGCCGGCAGGAUUAUGUUCUGCACGCACAAGUUCAGGAGCCCUCCCGGGUUUCAGCGUCUGAGGCGGUGGGUCGUGAGUGGUGGCGGCUGGCUGUGCACGUGCUGGCUGUGUACAAGCAGCGCGCGUGGCCUGUGCGCCGCGGUGGCCAGGAGGCCUGGGUGCCCCGCGCGGACCUGUCCUGCGGCUGCCUGCGCCUGCGCCCCGGUGCCGACUACCUGCUGCUGGGCAGUGCUGCGGACGACAGCGACCCUGCACGCCUCAUCCUGGACCGCCACGGCCUGGCGCUGCCCUGGCGGCCACACUGGGCCCGGCCGCUGCGGCGGUUACAACAGAAGGAGCGCGGUGGUGCCUGCCGCUCCCGCACCAAGCCUGGGGCGCAGCCGCUGAACUGA